GUUCUAUGAUUUGGGGAUAUUUUUCUCAAAGGAGCUUGUGUGUUAGCUGUGUUAGCUGAUGAAAUGUUAUGCAUUUCUUUGCACUCCCAGGUCCCUGCUUCAACUGAGGACUCCCAUUUCGAGGGCCCUGAAGUUGAAAUGCAGGUUUUGUGCCAUGGUCACGGGAAGUUAGCAGAGAGGCGCGUUGCUUUUGAAGGAAUUCUAACUGGGAGGAGGUUUCUCUGUUGCGCUGAGAAGGAAGGUAGAGACUGUGGACUAGUUAAAUGGAUUGAUCCUGCUUGGCCCAAUACCCUUGAGAAUGCAUUGCACAAGUUAUGGUUGAUGUAUGAAGACAACAAGAGACAGAGGGCUGAGGACACUCUGAUGAAUUCUUUUGAAGUUCAUAACCUGACACAAGAGAAGAAAAAGCUGCAGGCCAGCUAUGAGAAGCUGGUUGAAGAUGUCAAUGCACUUGUGGAUGCCCAGCAACAUAGGGUAGAGAUAGAAAAGACAGAUGAUGAUACCAAGAAGUUGGAGGAGAAGUAUGAGAUGGUGAAGAACCUGGUAGCUGCUCAGGCCAGUGUCAUUAGGAACACAUGA